AUGACGACUCGCUAUCGUGUAGAAUGUCAGCCAAUUCCUCUCCUCUCUCUGUUCCUGCCGACUGACACCCAUCGCCGGGAUCAACUGGUGCUCGGUGCCGUCUCUCAAUCACACUUGUCACUCAUCCAACCCUCCCAGGGCUUGUUGGCCGUUCCCUUUGUGCUUCAUUCGCAACCGACCGCCAUCUAUCAGGAACACAGCGAGGGGCUGAAGACGGUCGCUGCCGACACCCAUCUGCGCUAUGCAGAGAUUAUGCGCGAUGUUGAAAAUCUAAUUCUUGAUCACAUCCGACAUCACGACCGCAAUGCCCCGGGCAAGUCCAAACUCAAGCUGCUUGUCCCCUCGGUCGGUACCUUCUUCACACGCUUGCAUCUGGAGGAUGCCUUCAACUACCAAGACGAGCGGCGGUUCAUCAGCCGACGGCGAUUUGUCGCGCCCUCGUUCAACGACAUCCGCCUGAUCUUGAACUCGGCCCAAUUAUUAGGCUUGGUCCGCUCUAGUGAAGUGGAGCUUGUCACUUUUGACGGAGAUGUAACGCUCUAUGAUGACGGCGCCUGCCUGACGCCUGACAAUCCUGUCAUCUCCCGCAUCCUGCGCCUGUUGGUGCAGGGGCGCAAGGUCGGCAUAGUCACCGCCGCAGGCUAUGAAGAAGCUUCGAAGUAUUAUGACCGUCUGCGGGGCCUUUUGGAUGCCGUGCACGACUCGACUAUACUGACUCUCGCCCAGAAGCAAGGCAUCAUCGUGAUGGGCGGAGAGAGCAACUUCCUCUUCCGCUUCGAUCAUGCGUCAGACGUCCGACUCACCUAUGUGCCUCGCGAUGAAUGGCUCUUAGAUGAGAUGCGGGCAUGGCAAGACCAGGAUAUUAAAGAGCUGCUUGAUCUCGCUGAGUCGGCGCUGCGAGCCUGUGCUUCGAACCUCAGCCUGCCUGCAGCCGUCCUGCGCAAGGAUCGCGCCGUCGGGGUCUACCCAGUGAAUGGAGUUCGCAUCAAUCGAGAGCAGCUGGAGGAAACGGUCCUGGUGGUGCAAAACACUGUAGAAACCUCCGCGGUUGGCUCGCGCCUUCCAUUCUGCGCUUUCAAUGGCGGUAAUGAUGUCUUUGUGGAUAUCGGUGAUAAAUCCUGGGGUGUUCGGGUGUGCCAACAAUAUUUCGGAGGUAUCGAUCCCUCUAAAACCCUUCAUAUUGGUGAUCAAUUUUUGUCGGCCGGAGCAAACGAUUUCAAGGCCCGCCUAGCUUCGACAACUGCUUGGAUUGCUAAUCCGGCGGAAACUGUGGAUCUACUGGACGAGCUGGAGGCUGCUGUCAAUCCGGCAUAA